UUCCACGUCCAGUCCGAUUUGCAAUUAACUUGUUUGAGAAUGACGAAACAUGUAAUAUAGAUAAUGUAGAGGUCAUUUUGUACGCCUUUCUAUCAUAUCCAUUGAACCAAUCCAAUGGGAUUCUCACGUUCAAUAUGAAUGUCAUAGACCAUACACGUCACACUGGCAUAAUUAAUACAUAACAAAGUCACAAUGGCAACUGAUAUCAUAAUAAAACGUUGAAUAAUCGCAGUGGCAAUGUCAGGGUUACAAAGUAAAAAGAAAUCUUAUUGGUACUUCGGAGGAUUAGCAUCUGCUGGAGCAGCAUGCGUAACACAUCCUUUAGAUCUUAUUAAAGUUCAACUUCAAACUCAGCAAAAGGGAAAAAUAUCAAUAGGUCAACUCGUAGUAAACAUAUUUAAAAAUCAAGGAAUCACAGCGUUUUAUGCCGGUCUGUCAGCUUCGUUAUGCCGUCAACUAACUUAUUCAACAACUCGAUUUGGAGUAUAUGAAGUUGCCAAACAAGCAAUAGAGAAAUCCAAUGGCCCAGCACCUGGAUUUGUGACUUUGAUAGCCUUAGCCAGUGCUUCAGGUGCAGCAGGGGGGUUUGUUGGCACACCUGCUGAUAUGGUGAACGUGAGAAUGCAAAAUGAUGGAAAAUUGGCCCCUGAAUUGCGAAGAAACUAUCGAAAUGUGUUCCAUGGGCUCUAUAGGGUAUUUGUAGAAGAAGGUGUACGAGGUCUCUUUUCAGGAGCAUCCACUGCUACUGCAAGAGCGAUUCUGAUGACUGUGGGCCAAAUUGCAUUUUAUGAUGCCGUCAAAGGUCAAUUACUUAAGUACAACUUUAAAGAUAACACAUCCACUCAUUUUCUUGCCAGUUUGACCGCAGGCGCCAUCGCCACAACUAUGACUCAGCCAUUAGAUGUAAUAAAAACAAGGUCUAUGAAUGCAAAGCCUGGUGAGUUUAAAAAUGUAUUGGAGAUUAUUUAUUAUACAGCUAAACUAGGACCAAUGGGCUUUUUCAAAGGAUACAUUCCAGCAUUUGUGAGGCUGGGACCUCACACUAUUUUAACGUUUAUAUUUUUAGAGCAGUUGCGAAUGAAUUUUGGAUUUGUACCAAAAUCAUGAGAUAUAUAAUAAUAAUGCUUUAAAAUGAUAUUAAAAUAAUCAUGUCAGGUAAAAACAAUGCCUAAAUUUAUCAAAAUGGGAACAAGGUAAAUAGGAUAUAAUAAUAUGAAUAUAAACUGAUGCAUUAACAUA